GCGGAUAUAGUGAAUGCGGGGUCCGGGGAGAGUGGAUAUAGUGAAUGCAGGGUCCGGGGAGAGUGGAUAUAGUGAAUGCAGGGUCUGGGGAGAGCGGAUAUAGUGAAUGCAGGGGUCUGGGGAGACUGGAUAUAGUGAAUGCAGGGUCCGGGGAAAGCGGAUAUAGUGAAUGCAGGGUCCGGGGAGACCAGAUAUAGUGAAUGCAGGUCCGGGGAGACCGGAUAUAGUGAAUGCAGGGUCCGGGGAGAGCGGAUAUAGUGAAUGCAGGGUCCGGGGAGACCGGAUAUAGUGAAUGCAGGGUUCGGGGAGACCAGAUAUAGUGAUUGCAGGGUCCGGGGAGA